AUGCCGGUGGACCUCAACAAGUGGUCCGGGCCUUUGAGCCUGCAGGAAGUGGACGAGAGGCCACAGCACCCGCUGCAGGUGAAGAACUGGCCCACCAGCAUUGUAUGGGAUGGCCUUGAUCCAGGUACAUUGCAUACCCUUGUCUUGACAGACACGGAUGCUCCCAUCAGGAAGGAUCCCAAACACAGGGAAUGGCACCAUUUUCUGGUGAACAACAUGCAGGACGACGACCUCAGCAGUGGCACGGUGCUCUCCGAUUACGUGGGCUCUGGGCCACCCAGGGGCACAGGCCUUCACCGCUACGCCUGGCAGGUCUAUGAGCAUGACAGGCCACUGAAGUGUGAUGAGCCCAUUCCCAGCGACCGACCUGGAGAGGAGAGUGGCGAAUUCAAGGCAGCGAAUUUCCGCAGAAAGUUCGAGCUCGGGUCUCUGGUGGCCGGCGCGUGUUACCAGGCCGAAUGGGAUGACUAUGUGCCCAAACUCCACGAGCAGCUGUCUAGGAAGUAG